AUGUUGCAAGUAGCGUUACACUCCCCUUCAGAGCCAUGGGCCAUUGGGAAUGAUUCUCUCCCAAGAGCCCAUUCAGAUCGCCAAGACCCUGCAUUGCCAACAGAUGAUCGUCAACAGCCCGAUCUCGGAAGCCAUCUUGUCGUCUCCCCAUACACUACUUUACAGCAUCUUCUUGACUUGAGAACACUCGAAGAGUCACAGAGACUUCUAGCCAGGGCACUGACAGUCCUCCAAUCCGUCCGAGGAGACUACGCUACGGCCCCCUACCACCAAUCAUUCAACUGGGAGGCGGUGAUGGACCGACUAAAGUCGUUACUCGAGCUCUCACAAUACCAAUGGAAGCGCCAACAUUUCUACAUAGUGGUCUUCAGAUCCCAGGUUCCUCCAACUACUGACCGCACGCACCUCGGUGCGCUCGACCAGAAAUCCCACAUGGAAGCAACCAAAAGCGGUGGAUUAUUGAAGUAUUGGUUCGGACUGCCCGACGAAAACGGGAGGAACCUGGCAACAUGCAUAUGGCGCAACUUCGCAGACGCGCGCCCGGCCAGUGUUGGUCCGGGACACAAAGAGGCCAUGAGAGCAACCGUAAACAUGUACACGGAGUGGAAACUGGAGCGGUUGAGGUUCGAGAUUGGCGAUGGCGCCGGGGCAUGGAGUAUCACACCGUGGGAAGAUUGA